UCUUCAUUUAUAUUUAGGAUGAAGCUUCUUGUUUUGGCGUUGAUAGGGGUGGCUUGUGCUUCUCAAGUCAGAUACGACAAUUUUAAAGUCCACAGGCUCUUCCCUCAAAAUGAAGAUCAAGUGGAAGCUUUGAAAACGUUGCAAGACAACGGAGUAUAUGAUUUUUGGAGUGAUGGAAUUGGUUUAAAUUACACUGUUGACGUCAUGGUUCCUCCACAUUUAGAGUUUAAUUUCCAAGACUUUUUACGUUUGAAGAGUUUAAAUGCUGAAGUUUUUGUUGAGAAUGUUCAGGAUCUUAUUGAUAUGGAAAGGGCUCCUGCUCAUCCCCGUUCAAUGGGUUGGGUUGAUUACUAUGACUUAGAUGAGAUUUAUGCUUGGUUAGAUCAAUUGGGAGAAGAUUACCCUGAUGUUGUAGAAGUUCUCAGCCCCGGUAUGUCUUAUGAAGGACGUGAAAUUAAGGGGGUUCAUAUUUCGUUUUCACCAAAUAACAAAAAUAAUAUGGUGUUUAUUGAAGGUGGAAUUCACGCUAGAGAAUGGAUCUCAUCUGCUGUCGUAACCUACACCAUCAAUGAAAUUCUUAAUAGUGAAGACCCAGAUGUUCGUAAAGUAGUCGAAGAAUACGAUUGGUAUAUCUUCCCCGUUUAUAAUCCUGAUGGAUUUGUAUAUACGAAAACUACAAAUCGCAUGUGGCGUAAAACAAGAGUACCUUAUGGCAGUUGCUUUGGAGCUGAUCCUAACAGAAAUUUCGAUUAUCGUUGGAACACGGUCGGUGCUAGCAAUAACCCAUGUUCUGAAACUUUCGCCGGACCUUUUGCUCAUUCCGAACCAGAAGUUGACAGCAUGACGGAAUUUGUGUCUAAAGUUGAAAACAGAAUGGUUGCAUAUUUAUCUUUCCAUUCUUACAGUCAAUUACUUUUGUUACCGUUUGGACAUACUACAGCACAUUUAGAUAAUUAUGCAGAAUUGAGAGAAGUUGGGUUAAUCGGAAUGGAGAAAUUGAAGUCAUUCUUUGGCACUGAGUACCGUGUAGGAAAUACUGCGGAAAUUUUGUAUGCUGCAGCUGGAACUUCAACUGAUUGGGUUAAAGGUAUUUAUGGAACAAGGAUCACUUACACCUAUGAAUUACGUGAUACUGGAAGAUACGGAUUUGUUCUUCCGGCCGAUCAAAUUCUUCCUAGUGGUAUCGAAACAUUUGCUUCUGUUAUUACUAUUUUGGAAGAAUUUGGUAAAAGAUAA